UAUUUUCAACCUUGGCACAAUCAAAACUGAUUGGUUAUUUUUUUUAAUUUCUGGCGUACUCCAAAUAAUAUUAUUUUAAGAUUCAUUCCACGUUAAAACAGUAAAUUAGACAGUAAAUAUGUUUCACCAUUAUUAUAUUUUAUGUACAUUGUUUUGCCUGACUGUUGCAGGUGGAACACAAAGUAGUCUUAUUUCACAAGACAUUACAAUUUGCGAACAUGAUACUAAUUACAUUAAAUGUCCAAAAAAUAUGAUAAUUAGAAUAAUAUCAGCAGCUUAUGGUAAAUCCCGUAAUGACAACUCUUGUGGUGAUAGCACUAUCGUAGAAUGUUAUGCUUCAUCAUCCCUAGCGAAAGUGUUUAAAAAAUGCGAUGGAAAAAAUCAAUGUAAAUUGCGUGCACACAACCGUGUCUUUGGGGAUCCUUGCAGCUAUGUAAAGAAAAAUUUGAAAGUAUCAUUUGCCUGCGAAAAAAAGCAACAAGUGACCACUGAAUUAGAUAUAUUAUAUUAGAAGGGUUUAGUCUAUACUUUAACAUGAAUGAUAUUAGUAAUAGCAUUUUAGGAAUAGUUUUCAAGUUAUG